AUGGCGUCGCCGCCGGAGAUUAAUAUGGCGUCCUCGGACAUAAUAACCGAAGUGGAGAUUCAACCGGACAUUCAGGAGGUCGAGAUAGAGACGAUACCGGUGGAGAUACCGUGCGAGACCGUGGAGACGACGAUCGAGGGCGAGGACGGGCAGCCGAUGAUAGCGCUGCAGCCGCUGCCGGAGCCGGGCCGCGAGGAAAUCAUACUGCAGACGCAGGAGGAGAUCGUCGGCGCGGACCCGCUCAGCGUGUACGACCAGAUCCCGGUGCCGGACAACGACAUUUAUGUCGAGUCCAGCCCCGGGCCGUCGCGCAAAGCCGCAAAGAAGGCGCGCAAGAGCGGCGGCACGCGCUUCCGCGCGUCCGACCACGCGAUCUUCGGCGAGAUGGCCACCGAGACCAAGGCCAGGAAGUGGGAGCAGAAGCAGGUGCAGAUCAAGACGCUCGAGGGCGAGUUCUCGGUAACGAUGUGGGCGUCCGGCACGGACGACGACUUUCCCCAGGAUUAA